AUGACCCAUUCCUACUUUGGGACUAUUCACAAUUCAUUGACUCUAGGCUGGGCUUCCUCCAGCAAUCACUAUGUGACCUGUGGCAACCUCCACCUGGUGGUGUUCACAUCAUACUGGCCAAUCACUGUGUUCAUUUUCACCUGGCUGGCUUUUGACUGGAAGACCCUUGAGCGAGGUGGCUGCCAGCUUACCUGUGUGAGGCAUUGGCACCUGUGGAAAUGGUACUGUGAUUACUUCCCUCUCAAUCUUUGGAUGACUCAUGAUAUCUCUCCCAACCACAACUACAUCCUUGUCUGCCACCCUCAUGGCAUCGUGUCCCUUUCCUACUUUGGCCACUUUGUCACAGAGAUCACAGGCUUCUCCAAGAUCUUUUCUGGCCUCACCUUCUAUAUGCUCACACUGGGAGCCUUUUUCUGGUUGCCUUUCCCCAGAGACUAUACAAUAUCUGCAGGUGAAUUGGCUCCUAGGAGGUAAAGAGGAAAGUUUGCUCAUCGUGGUGUCAGUGGCCUGGCAGAGUGCAGAUACAACCAGCCAGGCUCUACCACCCUGGUCUUAAAGAAUCAGAGUGCCUUUGUGUACAUGCCCCUUUGGCAUGGGGUGGCUCUAAUCUCCAGUUAUUUCUUUGGGGAGACAGACUUCUAUGAUCAGCCUAUUUUCAAUCGAGGCUUUGUCCACUGCUUGCAGAAGUGGUUCCAGAGCAUGGCACAUAUCUACCUUUGUGCUUUCUGUGGACGCUUCAUCAGGAACUCCAGAGGCCCUCUGCCCUACGCUCAGCCUGUAACCACCAUUGUGGGGGAGCCUCUACCACUGCCCAAGAUUGAGAACCCAAGCCAGAAGACUAUCACUAAAUACCACGCACUCUAUAUUGAUGCCCUACACAAACUGUUUGACCAGCAUAAGAUCACUUUUGGCAUGUCAGAGACCCAGUAGCUGGUGAUGGUUUGA